AGAGCCUUCCGGAAGCGACUCGGCGGGAGCUCCCGCCGCGGGGUCCCCGGCGGCUCCCGGGACCCUUCCGCCCCACCCUCCCCGCCGCCGGAAAGCACUGGUGGACGGGACCGUUCUCUCCACGCACCCGGUCCCCUUCCCUCGCUCCUUGGUGCUCAGCCCCCAGGGACACGCGUUAAAAAGUGUCGUCUCCGCAUCUCUGAGUCCCGACUUCAGCCUGAACUCGGCGCUCUCCUGGCGCAGGUGUGGCCGAGUGUCUGAGGCUGACGGUAGAUUGAUGGGUGUUGAGUCCGAAUAGUUGGGACCCUUGAAGAACAACUUAUGGGAUACUCUGCGUUUCAGAACAGGUUUGAUAGUUUUGACAUAGCUCCUAGGCAUUAAGAAAUGAAGCAAUCCAGAUAACACACCAAUUGUGCAAGAAGGACAGUGUUAAUAAACCCAUUUGUGGAAGCAAGGCAGGUCUACACAGCACGAUGCAAAAUGAAAGUUUCGCAAAAUUUUAGUCAGUUGAUUAACUGGCAUAUUAACUGUGCCAAGCAUAUAAAUAUGUGAAGAUAUAAUAUUAUCCAGGUUGGCGAGGAGCUUUGAUGAAAUUAAGCAGAGAACAACCAACUCUCCACUUAAGGAUGUGCUAUAAAGUUCUAAUUUCAGGUGUUUUGAAGAAAAAUUCACCAUUUGGAUGUGAGAAAGGACAUGAGGAGACCAAAGACCUGGGAUUUUGCUGAUCAGAAUGAAACAAAUGUUGAAAGACUUUUCAAAUCUAUUGUUGGUGGUGCUCUGUGACUAUGUUCUUGGAGAAGCUGAAUAUCUCCUUCUGGGGGAACCGGGCCAUGUAGCACUAAGCAACAGGACAGUGUCUGUGGAUUUCCAGUAUUUGGAUGGUGCCAAUGGGACGCUGAGGAAUGUCUCUGUCCUGCUGUUGGAGGCCAACACCAAUCAGACUGUUACCACCAAAUACCUCCUGACCAACCAAUCCCAGGGGACCCUCGAGUUUGAGUGCUUCUACUUCAAGGAGGCCGGCGACUACUGGUUCACGAUGACUCCGGAAGCCACAGACAGCAGCCCUCCGGUCCCCUGGUGGGAGAGGAGCGCCUUUCUGAAGGUGGAAUGGCCUGUCUUUCAUGUUGACCUGAACAGGACAUCCAAGGCGGCUGAAGGCACCUUCCAGGUGGGUCUUUUUACCAGUCAGCCGCUGUGCCUGUUCCCCGUGGACAAGCCCGACAUCUUGGUGGAUGUCAUCUUCACCAACAGCCUUCCAGAGGCAAGACUGAGUCAGGGCCAGCCGCUGGAGAUAAGGGCUAGCAAGAGGGCAGAACUCGCUCAAGGCCAGUGGGUUGAGUUUGGCUGUGCACCUGUGGGGCCGGAAGCCUAUGUCACCGUGGUGCUGAAGCUGCUUGGCCGAGACUCGGUCAUUACGUCCACAGGCCCCAUUGACCUGGCCCAGAAGUUUGGAUACGCGCUGGUGAUGGCGCCAGAGCUCACGUGUGAGUCCGGGGUGGAGGUGAAGGUGCUGCCCCCGCCAUGCGUCUUUGUCCAAGGGGUGAUCGCUGUCUUCAAGGAAGCCCCCAGGCGCCCUGGGGAAAGGACCGUUCGGCUGGCUGAACACAGCCUGACCUUGGGAGAAAGGAGAACAGUAUUCAACUGCACUUUGUUUGACAUGGGGAGGAAUAAAUACUGCUUUGACUUUGGCGUUUCAAGCAGAAGCCAGUUUUCCUCAAAGGAGAAGGAGUGCAUGCUAAUUCAGAGAAACAUAGAAACUUGGGGACUGUGGCAGCCGUGGAGCCAGUGUAGUGCCACGUGUGGGGACGGUGUCAGAGAGCGUCGCCGCCUGUGCCUGACCUCCUCCCCCUCCCGACCUGGCUGCCCUGGAAUGUCCUCGGAGAGCUCCCCGUGUUCCCUGGAGGACUGUGCGGCUUUCCAGCCAUCCACUCCGUCUCCUUUCCAGCCCCAGGCUCCCGUGAAGUCCAACAACAUCGUGACGGUCACUGGGAUAUCCCUGUGCUUGUUCAUCAUCGUGGCCACCGUGCUCAUCACGCUGUGGCGGAAGCUGGGCCGCGCCCCCAAGUGCAGCACCCCAGUCCGCCACAACUCCCUGCACGCGCCCGGCUGCCGGAAGAACUCGGACGAGGAGAACAUCUGCGAGCUGAGCGAGCCCCGUGGCAGCUUCUCAGAUGCGGGCGACGGGCCGGCGGGGAGCCCCGGGGACCAGGGCAUCCCUCUGACCUACCGGCGGAGCGUGCCGGCGCCCCCCGACGACGAGACCUCGGGCAGCGAGAGCUUCCAGUCCAACGCCCAGAAGAUCAUCCCGCCCCUGUUCAGCUACCGCCUGGCCCAGCAGCAGUUGAAGGAGAUGAAGAAGAAAGGCCUGACGGAGACCACCAAGGUGUACCACGUGUCCCAGAGCCCCCUGACGGACACCGCCAUCGACGCCGCCGUCGCCGCGCCCCCCGGAGGCUCCGAGAGCCCCGAAGAAGCCGCGGCCGGCAAGUUCCGCCUCAAAUCCCCGUUCCUGGAGCAGCCGCCCGCGGUCGGCGCCGGGGACCGGCCCCCCUCCCGGCUGGACCACGCGCUCUCGCCGGCCAGCUGCGCCGUCAGCCCCAGCCAGAGCCUCCUCCGCAAGUCGCAGAUGCGGAGCCACCCCCGCGGGUCCCAUUUCCGGAGGACGGCAAGUUUCCACGAGGCCAGGCAGGCCCGACCGUUCCGGGAGCGGAGCCUGUCCACCCUGACCCCCCGGCAAGCCCCCGCCUACAGCUGCAGGAGCCGGACGUGGGACCAGGCGGGAGAGCGAGUCCGGCCCCCGAGUCGCGGCGCUGCCCUGCUUCCGGAGAAACGGGACAAUUGUCCCGGGGCAGGUGGCACCAGUGGUCCGUUAAGCCCAUUCCCUAAACCCCACACCCUGGGGCAGCCCACGAGGAAACCAGACCUGGGGGAGCGCCAGGCAGGGUUCGCGGCCGGAGGUGAGAGGACGGAGCCUCACCGGGCUCGGAGGGGACCGUCCCCCAGCCACAGGAAUGUCUCAAGGAAGCGGCCUUCCUCCCCGGCCCCCAGAGAUAGCUACCAGAGGGUCAGUCCUCUGAGCCCUUCUCAGGGUCGGAAAGACAAGUGCCAGAGCUUCCCCGCCCACCCGGAGUUCGCCUACUACGACAACACAUCCUUCGGCCUCACUGAGGCAGAGCAGGGGAUGCUGGACCUCCCGGGAUAUUUUGGGUCAAACGAAGAGGAUGAAACCACAAGUACGCUGAGUGUGGAGAAGCUGGUCAUCUAGACCGAGAU